AUGUACAACGGCCACAAGCGGAAGCAUGCGAUCAAAUUCCAGUCCGUGGUGACGCCGGAUGGCCUCAUAUCACAUGGCUUUGGGCCAGGUGAAGGGCGACGCCAUGACUUGACGCUUUUGCGCAAGUCGUGCCUUGAAAACGUCAUCGCCUCGAAUCCAAGGUUUCAGGUGUACAUCAUCUACAAGGACCCAGCGUAUGGCCGUUCGGACCAAUUGGUUUCUCCGUUUUCCGGUGGUCGUCUGACAGAGGCGCAAAAUCAUGUCAAUGCGAGUAUAAGUCGCGUGCGGGUGAGUAUCGAGUGGUCGUACGGGCAAAUCCUGCAAUAUUGGCCAAUUGUGGAUUUGAAAAAGAAGGUCAAACUAGGUUCCGACCCACGUUGCCGUCCUGCUGACAAACUGUGUUACUUGUGCCCGCCAGCGUAUUCGAUGCGCGACAUUUCACGAAGAAGCUCUACCUCGAUGUCCUCCAUCCAUGCGAUGAACCCGGUGUUGCCAGAGCCACAACACUGGGGCUCGAAGGAGUUUGUGUUCCGGUGCUUGCGUUAG